UUGUCACCGAGUURCUGACCCCUUAAUUAAGAUCUUUCCUCGGUUCCCGGCGAACGGAAACACAAGCUUUCUGUCGAUCCAAUGGCCGGAAGAUGGCUUCUGGAGGCUCAGCUCACCGGCAGCGGCAGGCCGGUCCUUCAUCCUGGCGAAGUCGAAUGUUAUACACUUUCCUCUGUCGAUAUAAUAUGUGAAGAAAAACCUAAUUUUCCUCCUUUCAGAUCCGGAGUUUUGAUUCUUACAACCCACCGAAUUCUAUGGAUUGACGGAACUAAUAAAUCAGGUGCAGCGGCCAUCCCUCUCGGUGCUGUAAAUCACAUAUAUUCGCCAAGUAAAUCGAUCAAAACCAUGUUUGGUAAAAGCAAAGUUAGACUUCAGGUUUCUGCUACGGCCGAUGGGAGGAUUGAUGAGAGAGGAUCAACGGCGAUUGUAAUCGCACUUGUUUUGAGAGGGAAAUCGGAUCUCGAUUCAUUUUAUAGUCGACUUCGGGAUGCCUGGAGUUCUAGGUCGUGGGAAGCUUCGAGUUCAAAUCCAGGACGCUCUGAUUCAAGGGAGAAUAGCAGUGGGUUUUUCGAGGGGUCGAGCGGAGUGAGAAUGGCUGGAGUUUCAGGGAUUCUCAGGAAGGAGCAGGAGAUGUGGGAGAGUACAGAUAAGAGCUUGCAGGAAGCUUUUCAGGAUUUGAAUGCUCUUAUGAGUAAGGCUAAAGAGAUGGUGAUGCUAGCAGAGAAGAUGAGGCUAAAGCUUUUAUCUGGCUCAACUUCUUUUGGCAAUGCAACAAAUGAUGAGGAGGCAGGUUCGAACCAAGAGAUGCAAGAUUGGUUGUUGAGUGUUGGUAUAGUCUCACCAGUUACCAAAGAGUCUGCAGGUGCUCUAUAUCACCAACAAUUGUCUCGCCAGUUGGCAGACUUUGUGAGAAUACCUCUAGAAAGAGCUGGGGGUAUGAUUGCUCUAAUUGAUGUCUACUGUCUCUUCAAUCGUGCUCGGGGAACAGAACUUAUUUCACCAGAAGACUUGUUACAAGCCUGUGCUAUUUGGGAGAAAUUUGAUGUCAGCCCAGUAAUGCUUAGAAAGUUUGACAGUGGAGUCAUGGUAAUCCAGAAUAAGUCUCACAGUGAUGAGGAGGUUCUUGCAAAAAUUAAGUCCAUUGUACUAAAAUCUGAAGCUCUGAAAAAUGGCAUAAGUCCAAGUGAUGCUGCCAUUGCACUUGGGAUUGCUCCAUUAAUGGCCAAGGAACAUCUUCUAACCGCCGAGAGCAAAGGUCUACUGUGCAGAGAUAUCAGCCCUGAAGGUUUCCGCUUCUACAUUAAUCUGUUUAAAGAUAUUGAUCCAAACAAUAUCUACUUGGUGAAAGAUCAUGGAAACUACCAAACUUGGGUGUCUACUGUAACCGUCUCUGGGUAAACUGGGAAGGGUGUAACCCUGAGGUUACAUGAGAACGCAGUUUCAUGAAGCCGCUGGUUGUUUUCAAAACUAAUUUAUUUCUAAGUUGAAGUUGAUAAAGUCCAAUUGUUGUCAUUAUAGGGAUGAUUUGGUUGCUAAUUGUUUACCUAUCGUAUAAAGAAUAUAGAGAUCUACAGGUUUAGAUCGAAGGGUGAAUUUAAAAGUGUAUUGCAUACCACAUAAUUGGUUUGUGUUUGUUAUUACCUUACAGGCCAAUAUUGAGAGUUAUUGCAAAAUGUAAAACCUGGAGGGUUUUGUGCAAAAAUAUGGGAUUACGUGGGAUUUGUCUUGGCA